AUGACUACCAUCUCAGUCGUAUUCCUCCUCGCCUUUCCUGUGUACAAGGCCGUGGAUCUGGAAACCUCGAGCUUGGCUUUCAUUGGAUUCCAAAAAAAGCAUGGUAAAAGUUAUGACAAUAAGGAUGAAGAGAUGAAGAGAGCUGCUAUCUUCCAUGACAACUUGAACUAUAUCGAGGAAGUCAACGCCCAGAACCUUUCAUACAAGUUGGGAGUCAACGAAUACACGGACCUGACUCUCGAGGAGUUCGCCGCCCUCAAGCUCAGUUCUACCGAUAUGAGCGAAGGCAUGGGAGAUGGAUUUGUUGCUGGAGGUGAGAUCUGA